UCACGCACGGCUCUCAGCCGAGUACUCUGACGUCGAAAAGAUCAGUUUCGGAACAGUAGUUGAAGUAGUAAGGUGGCCCUCCUGUACAUUGGCUGGUCACAGUUACUGCUAUCGUGCACUGAGAUUUUUUGACUUUUCCGAUCGCUGUUUGUUUAUGAAAACUUGUGUACGCACUCGAUUCUGUGAUACGCCGACCACCUGUGGAUUUAACGUGUCUAUGUGUUCGAAAUUUUUGGAUAACCACAAUUGACCUGUUUGCAUUCAACCUGAAAGGCUGAAAUAUGAAAUUAGUACCUGGGCCUUUGCCACCCAUACCAACCGGAGCUGCCAUGGACCGUUUACCACUGCCCAUGCCGUUCAGCCCAGAUCUUUUAUGGAGAUACCCCUUAGGAUUCACACCAUUAGGACAAACACCUUCUUCUCCCCUUAUGGACUACAAAAGUCAAUUGCCAUCGAGCUUAACUUCAGAUCCUAGAUUGUGGUCAAGGGAUGAUGUUAUAACUUUCUUAAGAUGGGCGGAAAGAGAAUAUGAUAUCCAACCCAUUGAUAUGGAUAUGUUCCAGAUGAAUGGAAAAGCAAUGUGCCUUCUCACCAGACAAGAUUUAGGCGAAAGAGCACCUGGUUCAGGAGACGUUCUUUACAAUGUACUUCAAAUUCUUGUUCGUGAAUCGAACGCUUUUCAAAGAAUGUUACCAUCAAGUCCAGUGACACCUACUUCACGCCAUCCAUACCCAAUGUCGCCCCAUUCUCAUCCUUCAACCCCAACGUGGAAUGUUCUAACACAAAGUAACGGAGAGUCCUUCCAAAAUUCACACACUGCCAAUCUUGCAGCUCAACUUUUGGCACACAGUAAUUCGGUAACUUUGAGUCCAGCACCAUCUAUGGACAGUCAGAACAGUAGUCCUCAACAUUCAGAUCACCAAACCUACAGCCAUAAUGCAUUCAGCACAACAGGUAGCAAUGGUAGUAAUCCUUCAGAUUCCGAUGAAGAAGAAAAAAAAUGGAAUCAGACAAGUCCACCAAACACGCCAACAUUUACGUUCAAUACUCAUUCAGUACAAUCUGGGCCACCCAGAAGUCCGAAAGAACCAAAUUUCAGCCCAGAUUCUUACGUGAGGAGUUUUGGAAGAGACUUCUUUCCCAAUGAUUCACCAGAACCAAAUACAAAUGGUCGAUUAUUGUGGGACUUCCUCCAGCAAUUACUCAAUGAUCCUGCUCAAAGAUAUACUAAUCAUAUUGCAUGGAAGAACCGAGAAACGGGAGUUUUCAAAAUAGUAGAUCCUGCGGGUCUAGCCAAACUAUGGGGAAUUCAGAAGAAUCAUCUUUCAAUGAAUUAUGAUAAGAUGUCGAGAGCUCUGAGAUACUAUUAUAGGGUUAAUAUCUUGAGGAAAGUUCAGGGAGAAAGGCAUUGUUACCAAUUCUUGAGAAAUCCUACGGAACUAAAAAAUAUAAAAAACAUCUCAUUACUGAGGCAACAAAUGACAAUAUCACCUACUAAUAAGAGUUCAAGUCAGGCUGCACCACCUCAGAUGGUACCACAAAUAAGUAUAAAACCAGAACCAACAGAAACGCAGGAGAGUGCCCGUAUGGACUAUGAUGAUAAACCUACAGAUCUUAGUAUGGACAAAAAUCCAACAGAUUUGAGUAGUAAUAGGCAUGUGAAUAUUGUGUGUUCACCUGAUCCUCCAAUACAACCAAACUAGCAGAUGUUGACUAACUAUUCGUGAUUAUGUGCAUUAUAAAACUUAAGUGCCAAUGCAAUAGACUUAAACAAAAUGUGCAAAUAGUAAUAGGUUUUGUAAAUAGUGUUAUUAUACAGAGAUUUUUAUAAAAUUGUGCAUAGGAUAAUAUAGAUUGCAUAUUUUUAUAAGAAUUUUAAGUAAUGUGCCAAAAUGUCUAACCCUUGCAAAGGUAUAAUUAUUUUCGAAAUUCGUCCAAAAUCUUCAAAUGUAUAUUCUUGUGAUUCUAAGAAAGACUUGUAUCAUUGUAAGGGUUUGACGUUGAUCAUUUGGACACAAAUGGUAGUGUUGACUGCCAAAGGCAGCUUUAAUUUCCCCAUUAUGGAGAAUAUGUCACGAUUGUGAUAAAUUUCAUUAAUGACAAUAAAUUAUCGAAUUUUGAAAUGAAAUUGUAAUGUACAAAGAGAUGGGACUGGAAAAACAUUUUUGAUAGAUUUGGUGUAGAGAAGACACAAAACAUUCCACUAUAAAAGAUCAUGUCUCACAUUUUUCGGGAAUAUAUUUUCAAAUGUAAAGGCUGACUUUCCAGCUCAGUUUCUGUGAUCUCUAAAUGAAUAUUCAAAUCGAUAGUGUGAUUUUUCUAAUUAAAAAUGCAGUAUAAAUAAAUAUAUAUUGAAUAUUCAUAUAAAUUUUGUAUAUAGAAAACUAAAUUCAAAUAUUUCAGAAUUUAUAGGGUUGAGAGCUUUAGAAUGUGUUUUCAGUUGGUAUUUCGUUCCAUUAUGUUUAUUUUUGUAAAUAGAACUGUGGAAAUAUGCAAUAAUUUAAGUCUUUAACUCAUAUUUGUAAAUUGUUUUUUAUAAAAAAUAUUAUGUUGUUAAAGAUGGAGAAAACUGAGAAAUAAAUUACCAUCAGAA